GCAACUUCUUCAUAACUUUAUAUUAAAUGAGAGAAAAGAAAGAGAGAAAGCAACUUGCAGGCUUUGCCAUUAUCUCUAACAUUGUCCUUCUUCCUACUACUAUACUAUUUUUUCUCUCUCUAAUCAAUCAUACACUUGCCUCUCAAAAUCUCCAUUUCUCAAACCAACCUUGCACCAAAACAACACAAAUACAUACCCAUGGACACUGAUGCUAAUGCCUCUUCCCAACCCGACUCAGAACCAUUUUCAGAGCUCAAAUCAUCGGAGACUCAAACAUCAAAGAAAAGGAAACUGGUUGAGAAAACAGUCGUGGCGGUGAGGAUAGGAGAGAAUGUUGGGAAGCUGAAGAAUGAAGGGCUACCUUCGGAUUUUUGGUCUUGGAGGAAAUAUGGACAAAAACCAAUCAAAGGGUCUCCAUAUCCAAGGGGCUAUUACAAGUGCAGCACAUCCAAAGGUUGUUCGGCCAAAAAGCAGGUAGAGAGAUGCAGAACAGAUGCUUCAAUGCUCAUCAUCACAUAUACCUCUACGCAUAACCAUCCAUGCCCCACCACCACAAAUUCACCCCAACAACCAAAAGAAUACGAAUCCGAAACGACCCAAGACCUCUCGGCUACCUCAAAGGAGGAAAAUCAAGAACACACAGAAGAAGAGCAAAGGGAUGAUAAGCCGAGCGAUGAAGGUAGAAAUGAAGAAAAGUUUCUUUACCUGCAAUCUCCAAUACGAUGCUCCCAAGACAUAAUAAUAGAACAAGAAGACCCUUUCAAGCUGAACACGGAGAAAAACCAUGAAAGAAUAGAUCUCCUAUUGGAGGAGGAAGAGCCCCUUUGUUACGGACAAGUGAAGAACAUGUCUGGUUCGAAAAGCGAAGAACUUGAUUUUUUCGACGAGCUUGAGGAGUUGCCUAUGUCUUCAUCUUUCUUGCACUUCACGAGGAGCAUUUUUUCCGAUGAAAGGAUUCCCGUUGCCCCUUCUUGAUUCCAGCGUUGUUUGGUGUAUCUAUUGCUUUAAUUAACCCAUGUUACAUAUCCAUUUUUCAAUUCAGAAUUCUUCUUAUCAUCUCUAUCCUUUAUUCACACCAGAUACUGAACCUCUUCACAAUUCAUCAUUUUGUUGGAAACAAUAAAAUACUAUAUAAUCAUUACUCUAUUUUUUUAGAUAUCUAUUAUUUGUUCACAUUAAUUAACAAAAUAAAGAUCAUGGAAUAAUGGGGGCAUUGUUGUAAAUUAGUAGUAUGGAAAAGAAGGCACGAGGUUCUCGAGUGGAGGAUGAGAUUCUUGCAUUGUUUAUUUGUGUAUUUUAGUAUGAUGAAUGUUGAGUGGUUGAUUUGGUGGAAGUGUUAUGAGUGCCACACCGUUUUGGCAGUACUAAGAUGGAUAGAGAAAUAUGGUUGGAAAAGGUGUAUUGUACUGAACUUUAAAUCCUCCAAAAGUUGAAACUUCCAUUGCACAAAAUGCCAAAUCCCCGUGCCUUUUUUU